AUGAUGUCUCCAGAUAAUCUUAAUCCAGUGGAUUUAUUACAUACGCACGUAACAGGAGUGUUGAGUCACGGACAUGGCAGCUUUCAUGCAUAUGUGGACAUAGGAGAAUAUCCCCAUGAUCCAAAUUUGACAAUAAACAUUAUUCUGAAAGAGUUACUGCGCCAGGCAAAGGAAUCUAACAAUUUUCUCCCACCAAUACUAUACAUACAAGCAGACAACUGUUGGCGAGAGAACAAAAACAGAUACGUGUUUUCAUUUCUUCAAUUGCUGGUUUCUGAACGGAUUUUCAAUGAGGUGCACAUGUCCUUUUUAAUUGUCGGCCACACUCAUGAAGACAUUGAUGCACGAUUUAGUAUGAUUUCUAGAACGUUGGGUUCAAAAGACGCGGAAAUCUUUGAAGACUUACUAAAAAUUUUACAAAGUGCUGAAAGAGUGACCAAAAUAUUCGAUGUUCAGAUAAAAAGUCGCCAUGCAGCAGAAGAAGGUUUGGGACCAAGGAUAUCUAAGAAACAAAAAGUUGAUAAAAAUGCAGGAAGACAUGGCCAGGGCAAGAAAAAGACAUCUUAUUCAAGGCGACGACAUGCAGGUGUGACUGUUCAAAAGACAAUCGUAGUGCUGGUGCAUGAUGGAAGCAAAAAGCACAUUUGGUUAAAAAUUUGGAUGGAUAUGUUCAACUGUUUUGUUAAUAUGAUUGCUUUUGUAUUGUAUGUUUUUUUGUCUGCUUGA